CACAAAACCGUCAAGUCAUUGAAGCCAGAUCCAAAAAACGGUGAGAUUCGCCUCUGCGUAUCUGUUAACUCUUUUGGUGAAGGAUGUGAAGACACAAUUGGGUGUGCCGGUUGCGUUCAUGGUAUGCAAUUCUGAAUCAACGGAUGUUCUCAGUACCUGGCUGACUUGGGUCAAAGAAGAGUGUGGCCUAAACCCUUCGAAGUUUAUGGUGGACUGCUCUGUCGUCGAGACUGAGGCUCUCAAGCAAGCAUUUCGUUCCUUGGAUAUUUACUACUGCAAGUUUCACGUUGAUCAAGCUUGGGAACGGAAAAUGCGUCAACUUCACAAUGUUGCAGAAAGCGAUGCCAUGCGGAAAUCAUUGAACGGGAUCCUUAACGCUCUGUCAGACGAGGACCGAGGACUGAAGUGGAGAGUGUUCACAACCAAUUUUUCACCAUCUGCAGACGCUUUUAUUAUCUAUCUCGGGAAAUGGAUGGAACCAACAAGACUUGUGAAAUGGGCUCUAUAUCUUCGAUCGGAUUACCAACACAACGAUACCAAUAAUUUAGUCGAAAGCUGGCACAAGACGCUCAAAUCACAGUACCUGGGAAGAGAACGGAAUUUGCGUCCAGAUGACCUUGUACACUUGUUGCAAGGGGUUGUGGAUAUUGACUUUAGAACCCUCUACUUCAAAAGACUCAACAACAUGAUCCCGCAGAAACUGUCCUCAUACAACGUAAAGGAGAAAGCAAAGACAGACGCUGUUGACUUCAACACUGCUCAGACUAUGGUCAUACUAAACACAGACGAACAAAAGGUAUAUCCAUAUCGCCGGUCUCCAGAGCCCUGGACAAUGGUCUCAACGGCAUUUUAUUAACAUUCCUAUUUUACCUAGUUCAAGGUCCAGUCCUUCGCUGUUAUAGACAAUCCUAUAACUGUCAAUAGAGUAACCAGCGACACGUA